AGCUAGGGUUUAUGUUUGUGUAGAGCGCCAUGGACGGGGCCACGGACGAUCACAAGGCCGGCAUUGCGAAGUGGUUCCUGCUACGAUCGCCUCCAGGACAGAUCCAGCAGGUCGCCAAAGAUGUCCAGAAGAUUUUGAUGAGCGACAAGCUCUACCAGCAAGCGGCUAGCGAAGCAUUCCCCAUUUACAACAUGGAGCAAAUGAUCUGCCUGGAGCUGCCGGAUGGGAGUGGCCAGGUGCUUGUUAGCAACUGUGGCGCUCUCGAUUCUACGCACUACCUCGAUCUUAGAACCGCGCAGGUAGCAACUGUGGAUCACAUCAAACAGAUUUGCACGAAAGUUCGUCCAGCUACGGACGAGGAGCUUCCCUCUGGAUUUGUUGAAGAGUACAGGUCUGCCAUAGAUUCCGAGCUUCUCAAGUACGUGGAAGAGGCGUUUCCAAGAGGCUCUUGCGCCGUGUUUUGCACCGCUGGGAGCACUGCUGAAGAAGACGAUGCUCCUUUUGAACUCACAGCUCUAAUUUCUGCGUCUAAGAUCAGCCAUCAGAACUUUUCGAGUGGCUCUUGGCGAUCGACCUGGAAGAUUCAAGUGAACCAAGAGCUCCAGUCUGUGGAUCUGACAGGCAAAGUUCACGUGAAUGCACACUAUUUCGAAGAGGGAAACGUUCAACUCGACACCAACUACGAAGGCUCGGAUUCAACCGUACUCCAGAAUCCUCUGGACGUGGCAACAGCCGUGGUGAAUAUAAUCCGUAGCAAAGAGUCCGAGUACUUGUUAUCGCUAGAGGAAUCCUAUUCAAAGCUAUCAGACAACACUUUCAAGGAGCUCCGCCGCAAACUUCCAGUGACUCGGACCUUGUUUGCAUGGAACAAUGCGUUGCAACUCAGCCUCUCGCGGGAGGUGACCCGAGAGCUGAGCAAGUGAGUGCUUUCCCUGCUGUUUGAGUGGCUCUUUUAACUUUCUCCUCUCUGUUUUGGUGCUGAGAUAAUGCGAAAACUUCCAUUGAUUCCAAA